AUGCUCAGGACGCGAAUCCCUGCACGGGCGUGUGUGAGGGGCUCCGUGGCCGGCGGCGGAGGAGGCGGAGGCGGAGCCGGAGGCGAGGCGUCGCCCGGCGAAGACGGCGCGGUGCCCGAGCUGAGGCUCAAGGGCGACGCAAGCGGCGUCGAGGCGGAUGAACCCGGCGAAGGGGCGUCGCCCGGCGAAUACGGCGCGGCGCCCGAGCUGAGGCUCGAGGGCGACGCAGGCGACGUCGAGACGGGCGUCGGCGUAGGUGUCGGCACGGGUGUCGACGCGGGUGUCGGCGUGGGGUCACACGAGACAUGGCUCGAGGGUGACCCAGAGGGUGGUGAGGCAGCGCCCGAGCCAGAGCUGAAGGGCGCGGCGGAGAACGACGAGGCAGUGCCCGAGUCCGAGCUCGAGGGCACUGCAGCCGGCGGACCAGCAGGGGGUCGACGCCGGGGACCAUCAGUAGUCGAAGGAGGAGUGGCGACCACCUGUCUCUGUGCAAAAGGAAAGCAAUGCUCAUCAAAGUACACGUGCCGGGAGGUGAUGACGCGGUGA